GUGGUGCAACACAGAUUCAGUUCAAUAUGACAAGAGGUCUGUUCCCAUUGUUUGGAGAGUUCACUCAGAGACCUGAGAACUUCUUUAAAGAUGUCAAGGAAGCCUGUGUUCUGCUGAACCUGAAACGAGGCUCUGCUCUGCUCCUCCAGGAGGCCAUUCAGCUCCAGCAGGAGAAACCAUCCCAUGGAUCCUCCGUUGCCAUGCCAACUGCUGAAGCCUCUCUCAAUGAUGUUGGUGUAUACCGGUUAUCAGCCAAGACAGCUGGCAGAGUACUGGCUCUCAGGAAUGAUUGGAUGAAAACAUGAGAAGGAUAAUGAAGAAGGCUUUGAGGCAGGAAAUCUUUAGUAAUGGACCAUUGAUCUUUCAAGUUAGUCUGGAGAUCACAUGGAAGGUAAAGAAUAGGGAUAGCGACUAAACUAUUUACAUACAGCCAGAUGAGAUGCUACAAUUCAGCUAGUUUGCCUCUCAUUAAAGAGAAUGCAAUGCCAUAUGAUUCUGAUUUAAAGUGAGGCUCAGGGUCUGAAAGCAUUCAAUGUCAUUUGACCCUGUCAUACGAAGGAAACCGACACCAGACAGACGACAGACCAAACAUAAAACUGCAUUACAUGGAGUGGUGAAAAGUUAGUCGAUUUGGAAUAGGAGUCGGUUUGGCGGUGUGACUUAGGUAUAACAGAUCAUGUCUCUAGGAUGCAUUCCAUUGUAGAGAUGCAGCUAGACGUUUCUGUGUACUGUUUUCUCUCAUACUCAACCCAUAGCAAAACCAGUCACAGAGACCCCAAUGUCUACAAUUUCAACUGAAAUGCGGUGUCUCAGAAUCCAGCCUGCGCUAUGUAUUAAACAGAAUUUGAAGAUUCAAUUUUUGAUGCUAGGGUUUAUUGAAUCAAUGCAUCAGACAGGACAGGAGUUCAUCAUAAGUUUCUCAUAGCUAACGAUGAGAGAACAUGCUCCUGCUCACUUGGUAGGUUGCUAAUAUCCUGAAUUCAAAGAUCUUAAAACAUUAGUUAUGUGAAUCCUGUGUAUGGUCUCUAUGGGGAGCUUGGUUGUACAAAAUAUGUUCAUGAAUAAUAAUAUAAUAAUAUUUAGCUUUUAUAUAGCACUUAAUACAGUAUCUCUAUUAAAGAGCUUUACAAAUAUGAAGAAUAUAUGAAAAUCACAAAAGGUGACAUACAUGUACCAUAAUGUAUAUCAAAGAAAAUGAAAUACUUUGAUAGAUGCACUGACUUAAAUGUGAGAUGUAACACAGAGCUCCUUUAAAAACAAAAUACCCUUGCCAAUGGCAGAUUCCCUCAAGAUUUAAGCCUUUGGUAAGGUCAUAUUUCCAUGAAGUAAUCUUUUUUUCUGGCUAAUUUUGUAAGAAUUGAUCCAACUUUAUCCACUGAUAAUUAGUUUUGAAAUUUACAUAGAGAUAAUGUAAAAUAUUAGAAGAAAUCUACUUUUAAAUAAUACAAUCAUGAAUAUUAUUGAUACAGUGCCAUUGAUUAAUUUCAGGGGGUUCCAUAUACAAGAUGGGGAUUAUGAUAUAUUUUUGUAUCCGUAAAUAAUGCAUGACUUGAUGGGAUGAAGCUGGUAUAAAAGAUAGAAUACGAAAGGUGAGAAGUGAAUUCUACUUUGCGGGGGCAUGAAACCUUUACACAUGAUUCCCACUCUUGAAUGUCUGUAGUAGACAUAUGCUGGAUGAAAUAUGCGGACAAUUGUGGUUCCAUUUUGCGUCAAUCUAUUGAUUGUUUUUUUCCUUGGGGGAAUAUAUGGAAAGUUUAAUUUUGUCUUGUUGACAGACAAAUUUGCCUUGCUUCUUUGUUCUUUAUGUCCUCUCAGCAAACAGACGUAGACAAAUACAUCACAGUAUUAAUAUUCCACUCUGCCUUUAUUUUCAUGGUUAUGUUGCUGCCCAGAAAAUGUUCUGAGUCGUUUUAUUUUAAUUAUUGAACAGCCACAAUGGAGAGAGCUUCAUGCAGUAUGCAGUUGACUUGAUUAAGUCUGUGCUAAGAUACUUUUAUUGUAUAAUAAAUAAACUGCAAAUGAAAUAAAUUAGAAUAUUUGCCAAUUA